AUGAGUGAGCGGUUCAGGUCACAUGACCCCGACGAGCUCACUAGCGCCGAAGAAGCUCCUCUGCGCGUCGCGCCGCCUGGAAAUAUUUGGAUGAGGCAGUCUAAAAAGUUCAGCCAGCAUCAACACCAGCAAAACAAAAUGGGAUCCCUUUUCGAACAACCGCGAAAUGCCGGAACUCUGUUCCUCGGCGGCCAGAAAAUUAGUGGUUCAGAUAUCCGUGACCAGAAUGUUCUUGCUACUCAAGCUAUCGCGAAUGUUGUCAAGAGCUCAUUUGGACCCAGCGGCCUGGAUAAGAUGAUGGUGGAUGAUAUAGGAGAUGUCACAGUUACGAACGAUGGCGCAACUAUUCUUAGUUUACUAGAUGUCGAGCACCCAGCGGGUAAGAUCUUGGUAGAUUUGGCACAACAACAAGACAAGGAGGUUGGUGAUGGAACAACAUCUGUGGUUAUUAUUGCAGCAGAGCUACUGCGAAGAGCCAACGAACUUAUGAAGAACCGAAUACACCCUACGACUAUCAUCACCGGCUACCGUCUCGCUCUGCGCGAAGCUGUCAAAUACAUGCACGAGAACAUCAGUGUGAAGGUUGAUCAGCUAGGCCGCGAGUCCCUCAUCAAUAUUGCCCAAACUUCCAUGUCAAGCAAGAUUAUCGGCUCGGACUCGGAGUUCUUUUCCAACAUGGUGGUUGAUGCGAUGCAAGCAGUCAAGUCGACGAAUAACAGAGGGGAGAUCAAGUAUCCAGUGAAGGCAGUCAACAUUCUCAAGGCACACGGAAAGGGAGCUUUAGAGUCUAUUCUUGUUAAGGGUUACGCAUUAAAUUGCACAGUUGCUUCGCAGGCCAUGAAGACAAAGGUCACCGAUGCAAAGAUCGCUGUCCUCGACAUGAACUUGCAAAAGGAGAGAAUGAAGCUUGGCGUACACAUCACAAUCGAUGAUCCUCAGCAACUGGAGCAAAUCAGACAACGUGAGGCUGGUAUUGUCAUGGACAGAGUUGAGAUGAUUUUGAAGGCUGGAGCAAAUGUUGUUCUAACUACCAAGGGUAUUGAUGAUCUAGUUCUAAAGCUGUUCAUUGAAAAGGGAGCUAUGGCCGUCCGAAGAUGCAAAAAGGAGGAUCUCCGAAGAAUAGCCAAGGCAACUGGCGCUACCCUGAUUAGCUCGCUGUCAGACUUGAACGGAGACGAGAAGUUUGAGGCUUCUUCAUUAGGACACGCCGAGGAAGUUGUUCAGGAGAGAAUCUCAGAUGAUGAGUGUAUCCUGGUCAAGGGCACCAAAGUCCACACCUCGGCCUCCAUCAUCCUCCGAGGGCCCAACGACUACCAACUCGACGAGAUGGAGAGAUCGGUCCAUGACUCGCUGUGCGCUGUCAAGCGAACCCUCGAGAGUGGAAGCAUCGUACCCGGUGGCGGAGCAGUCGAGACUGCCCUUCACAUCUACCUUGAAGAAUUCGCUGGCACCGUUGGCUCCCGCGAGCAACUCGCCAUCGGCGAGUUCGCGCAGUCUCUCCUUGUCAUCCCCAAAACCCUCGCCGUCAACGCCGCCAAGGACUCCUCUGAGCUCGUAGCCCAGUUGCGGUCCCGCCACGCCCUAUCUCAACGUAUCCAAGACGGCGAUGCCAACGAGGACGAGAAGACCAUUGCCAAGAAGAAGAACUACAAGAACUACGGUCUGGAUCUGACCAAGGGCAAGGUUGUGGAUGAGAUCAAGGCAGGUGUUUUGGAGCCGAGUAUGAGCAAGAUUAGGCAGUUGAAAUCGGCGGUUGAAGCUUGUAUUUCGAUCAUGAGGAUAGAUACGCUUAUCAAGCUCGAUCCUGAACAGCGGGGCGAGCAGGACGAUGGACAUGGCCAUUGA